AUGAACUCCGAUUUUGCUAAGUACUCAUUUGAAUUUUCCCAAGAAAAACGAUACGAACUUCGGCUUUUUCAAGAAUUCACAUGGAACCCUGUGAGCAUGUUGAUGCCCUACAAAUUCAAAUUUCACAAUACAGUUCCAAAUAACUCGUUUCCUCACAUGAUGGAUUAUACGAAUGAAACGUUGAUCAGUUCGAUUAUUUAUGACGAUAGUGAAUUUUCACGUUUAUUUAAAUUAUGCAUCUUUACUUCAAUAUCUCUUCUAUCGAUUCCAUUGAGUAUCACCAUUAUUAUCCAUUUAUGUGUGAGAAAUGGCGAACUACGCAUUUUAUCUGAUAUAAUAUUGAUUAUUCUAUUACUUAUUAGUUUAAUUGACAUUCUGUGCAAUCAGUCAGGUAUAAUGGUGUAUUUUGCUUUGUCGUAUGUUUGGCCAUCGCAUUCUGUUUAUUGUCUUAUAUGGAAUUACUUUAAUUAUUUAGAUUAUUAUUUAAAUUUGUAUUUAACAAUGUGGGCAUCGAUAGAAAGACAUAUUCUUAUUUUUCAUCAUUUAUUUUUCGAUCGACCUGGCAAACAACUGUAUUUUCAUACGAUUCCUUUGAUCGGAAUCAUUUCCUAUGGAAUAUUUGCUUAUUUAGGUUUGAUUAUUUUCAAUCCAUGUACGAAUCAUUUUCAAAUGACUGAAGCAUGGUGUGGAGGAAUAUGUUUCACAAAUAUACCAAUUCAAUAUUUCUACGAUUUCUUUAUCAACUCAGUAUUUCCUAUCUGUGCGAUUAUUAUUUUAAAUCUUAGUUUACUCAUACGCGUUAUUAAUAGAAAAACUCAUCUGAAACAAAGUCGAAUAGCAUGGAAAAAAUGUCGAAAAUUAACCAUUCAAAUGAUCACUAUUUCCAGUAUCUAUUUAAUAUGUUUUCUACCAUCGGGGAUCAUUGUAGUGUUACGAAGUCUAUUGGCAAAUAAACACAUUGGAGAAAGAGAAAUGCAGAUAUGCCUUAAAUAUACAUUUCUAUUGGCAAAUGCACUUUUACCAUAUGUAACUCUUAGUUCAUUGCCAAAUCUUCGUAAUAAGAUCAAACAACUUGUACAACAUGCAAGACGAAUAAGAAUAAUCAAAAUAAGACCGAUACUGACGCAUAUGUAA